AUGUUAAUAUCUCGAGCAUUUCGAUUAUUGAGAUACUCUCCUGUACUAAUUAAUAGAAAAAAUUUAUCGGAAAAACUUUAUAGAAAUUAUCACGCAGAUUUAAAAUUAAAAUCUAUUAAUGAUACGCAUGCAACUUUAAUUAUUGAUGGUAAAGAAUUAAAGUAUGAUUGGAUAUUUUUACGAGAUUCAUGUCACUGUCAUCAAUGUAUUGAUUCAUCAUCAAAACAAAAACUACAUAGAACAACAGAUGUUCCAUUGAAUAUUUCGCCACAACAAACAAAAAUUCAAGUAUUGGACAACAAUAAUCUUGAAAUAGUUUGGAAUCAACCAUUAUUAAAUCAAACAGCAGAUAUUGAUAAACAUCGGAGUUUAUAUUCAAGUUCAUGGCUUCGAACAUAUUCAACAUCGGAAAAUAUUGCACGUGCAAGAUAUAACGAUCGACCCUAUGUUUAUUGGACUCGAAAUAAUAUUCAACACGUCGAUUUACAUGUUAAAUGCGAUGAUUAUCUUCAUUCUGAUCAAGGACUUUAUACUGCAUUGAAACUUCUAAAUGAUUAUGGUAUUGUUUUUAUUGAUAAUGUUCAAGGAGAAUUUACUGUUGAACGUCUUGCCGAAAGAAUUGGUGUAAUUCGACAUACAUUCUAUGGUAAAACAUGGGAUAUACAAAAUGUUAACCAACCAAUUAAUAUAGCUUAUACGUCACUAGAACUUGGUCUUCAUAUGGAUUUAUUAUCUUUUGAAGCACCGCCGGGCCUACAAUAUUUGCAUUCACUUGCUAAUGAUGUCAAUGGAGGAAACUCGUAUUUUGCUGAUGCAUUUCGAGCAGCUGAAAUUCUUCGUCAAAAUGAUCCAGAAGCUUUUGAAAUACUUUGUUCGUAUCCGGUUACGUUUCAUUAUCGAAAUGAUGGUCGACAUUAUCAUUUUACUCGUUCAACAAUUGUAUUAAAUAGAUUUUCUUCGAAUAAUUGCAUUGAACAUGUUAAUUAUGCCCCACCAUUCCAAGCUCCAUUUGAAUGUGAUACUUCAAAACCUGAAUUUCGAAAAUUUAUUAAAGCUUUUCAUAGUUUUCGUGAUUUAAUAGAAGAUAGUAGUAAUCAAUUGGAAAUACUUUUAGAAAAAGGUCAAUGUGUUAUAUUUCAUAAUCGUCGUGUUCUUCAUGCAAGACGUGAAUUUGAUGCAUCAAGUGGUAAUCGAUGGUUGAAAGGAACGUAUACAGAUCUAGAUAAUUUUAAAGAUAGAUUACGAAUUUUUCGAGAAAAAUUUGACAAAGUUUCACAUCUUGAGUUGUAA